CAAGGUUAAAACAGUCAAUACAAUAUAAAAUUUUCUCUAGGGUUUUUUGCGUGCACCAUAUAUAUAGUUCAAUAUCGAACUUUUGUAGCGCCUUUUUGUGCUUGGGUUAUAGCAUAUUGAAGAAUACUCUGAAAUCUUCAAUCCAAAAUGCCUAAGCAGAUUCAUGAGAUCAAGGACUUCCUUCUGACUGCCAGAAGGAAAGAUGCACGCUCUGUAAAGAUCAAGAAGAGCAAAGAUGUUGUCAAGUUCAAGGUCCGCUGCUCCAAGUACUUGUACACACUUUGCGUGUCGGAUGCUGAGAAGGCUGACAAGUUGAAGCAGUCCCUUCCUCCAGGUUUGAGUGUUCAAGACCUGUGAAAAUAUGGCAGCCCCAGGUUUGUCACCUGAUUUAUAGGUGAUGAAAGCUAGAUUUUAGUUUUGGGUUUAUUGUAUUUCUGGUCAUUCUGCAACAGUGAAGCUCAAUUUUCUGUAAUUGGAUCUAUGUUUUUUUGUUGAUUAAGGAUUUUAGUGAUAUAUGCACUUUUCAAUUACAA